UCAUAACCUCAAUAUCUUCAGUCUUGUCAUUGUGGACACAUUUACUGAAGCAAUGAUGCUUUUAGGUGGUGGCAUUGUUCUGACUUUCUUUUCAUAUGUUUAUGGCCAGUCCCUGACCUCCUCUGGUCCAGUGGUGAAGAGACCUGGAGAGGCAGUCACUCUGUCCUGCUCUGUGUCUGGGUUUUCCAUGAGCAGCUACUGGAUGUCCUGGAUCCGUCAGAAACCAGGAAAGGGACUGGAGUGGAUUGGGUAUAUUGAUACAGGCACUAGCACAACAUUUUCCCAGUCUCUCCAGGGCCAGUUCACAACAACUAGAGACAACAGCAAGAGACAAGUCUUUUUACACAUGAGCAAUCUGAGACCUGAAGACACAGCUGUGUACUACUGUGCUCGUGAAUCACAAAGGCAGUAUGGUUUUGAUUACUGGGGGAAAGGCACAAUGGUUACUGUUGCACCAGAUACUGUGACCAAUGCAUCCAUCUCCACCAUGGGGCAGUGCCAAACAAACUCCAGUGCGUCUAAAACAUAUGCUUGUGUCACCACUGGGCCCUUCCCUGGAGAGUCAGCAAAGUUCACGUGGACCAAAGGGGGUCAGCCAGUGAGAGACUUCGUCGAGUAUCCAGCGGUUCAUAAGUCUGGUGAUGACUACACCAGAGUUAGCACGAUUAAUGCUCUGCUAAAAUCAGAUGAAGAUAUGACAUGUACCGUGACUCACCAGGCUGGGCAUAUUAAAAAGAGUGUAAGAGUGGAUCCUAAGUCUCCUACUUUGAGCCUGUUUCAAAUAUCCACGACAAAAGGUCGAUACCUCCUGUGUGCCAUUGAGGAAUUCUAUCCAAAAGAAAUUACAGUAAAGUGGAUGGAGGGUACAACUGUCAUAGGCAGUAAAUCUGAAGAAAUUAUCACCAAACACUUAGGAUAUUACUAUGCAAAGAGCUUUCUGGAGCUGAGUAGUGUUGCAGGAGAUAAACAUGUUUCUUACACAUGUGAAGUAACUCAUUCUCAGCAACCAUUCCAAGUGACAAAAUCAUUUGAAGCCCACUUCUCAGUAGAGCUAACUCCCCCAUCAUCAAGAGAUAUUUUCCUCAACAAUAAAGCAGUUCUGGAGUGCGUCACCACGGGAACAGACUCAGCAGCUGUGAAAGAUGCUAAAGUAACAUGGAAGGUGGGAGGAGGAGAUCAGAGUAGCAGAGCUGAACAAGGCACCCUUAAAGCCCUCGAUAAUGGUCAGUUUAGUAAGGUCAGCAAACUGGAGGUGGACGUGUCUGACUGGUUCUCUGGAAAAGAGGUUGAGUGCCUCGUGUAUGACAAGACUGAGGGCAAAAACAUUGUGGGAAAGAAGAAAAUAAAGCAAGGUGGAGCGGCUCCUGAAGUGUUUAUCUACACCCUCCCUGAAGCCAAAGACCCAAACCAUGUUUCUCUGGUGUGUGAGGUCAGGGGCUCUUCUCUUGGUGAUGUGUAUAUCAUGUGGCAGUUCGGUGAAGGAAAGUACCAGGAGGGAAAGACGGCCCUCCUGAAACAAGAUGAUGGCAACACGUCACUUGUCAGUAUACUGAUCGACAAAUCACUGAAGAAAUCAGAAGCAUCACGGUUCACCUGUGCGGUCAAACAUGGCGGAAUGAAAAACUACUCUGCCCCGCUACAAGUCACUUACUCAAAACGUAAAUACUCAGAGUGUCCUGUCUGUGUUUAAUCUCUCAAGCAGACUCACGGGAACACGCUAACACCCCUUUUUGUUUAAAGAAUCUUAAUGAAAGAUCAGACAUUGUUUGGGGUAUUGGUUCACCAAUGGGUUGCUUGAGACAUUUCUCUGUUGUUCGCUAUGCUUCAUGAUACAUUUCAUUCCUGUUAUUGUUUUUGAUGUGAUGUUCUUGUCCUCUGUCCACCGCCUGCUUAUCAUUUGAAAGUCUCUGUGAUCUUUUGUUUUCUCCAAAGCACUGCCAUGUUUGUUUGUGAGACCCUGUGUCGUCUUGACUAUCUAUACUGUCAUGCUUUAAUAGUCAUUGUGAAACCCCGACUGUCUUUGUCUUCUGUGUUCUGUCUUGUGAUUGAAGCAUCAAAUAAAUUCAUACCACUGCAUUUCA